UGAAAAUUUCUCACUUGAAAAUAAAAGCGAUCUUUGCCAGGGGUUUUCGGUGGUAAUGGAAUUAUUGGACAAGUUAGGAAUACUUUAGCGAUACGUAUCAUAAGAAUGGAGCUGUCAAUCUGUACUUUCUUCCUCUGUGCUGUAUGUUACCAUGGUUACGUGCAAGGCUACCACCAGGAGACCCCUAGAGAUGAAGGUUCACUAGCAGGAGAUGUGCAGAACUGGGCAGUUCUCAUACAAAACUAUAUAUUACAGCUUGCUAGUGAUGGUAUCAAGAGAGAGGUGACUCAGAGCCUAUUUGAUCUGGCUAAUUAUACAUAUGAAGAGAAGAGUGGAAAAGAGGUGGUUGAAGUUGUCCAGGAGAGACUUGGCAAUUACUUCACAGACAAGAAACUUGCAGCUAAUAGGAUUGCUGAAGCUGCAGUAACAGCCUAUGAUACCUGGUACAGAGAGAACAAGAACAGAACAAGAACUAGUGCACCAAGGUUACAGAAUCUAACACUGGCUGUAUACAGCGAUUCAGACAUUCCCACAAGGCUACCAAAGGACCUCAAAUUCAACCCGUACUUCCGCCAGCCAGUGAGCCUCUCCAGGAGCACAGUGAAGAUAGCAGAUGAUGUUCCCAGGGACUUUGAGGGGACAAUAAGUGCUGUUGAGUACACAUAUGCUCUUGAAAAGGUCUUCAAGGAAAAUGCUGCACGGGAUCCACUGCUGAGAUGGCAGUACUUUGGUUCAACAGCAGGUAUAGCUCGUCUCUACCCUGGCAGGGAGUGGGCUAUCAACUUUGCAGGAUUCUACAAUGAUUAUGACCCUCGCACCCGACCAUGGUACAUUGCAGCCACCAGUGGUCCCAAAGAUGUAGUCAUUGUUCUGGACUGCAGUAAAUCCAUGGCUGGUGAUAAGUUCAAGAUAGCACAAGGUGUUGCCAAGACAGUCAUCAACACAUUAACAAAGCAGGAUUAUGUCAAUGUGGUGUGUGCAAGGGCAAGUCAUUGGGAUGAGGUGGGCAAGUGGCAUUUGUUUACAACAGAAGUUCUAAGUUGUCAGCAGGAGCACAUGGUUCCAGCAACAGUUGCACAUAGGAAAGAUCUCAUUGAGAAAAUAUACAAACUCAAACCUGGAGGGACAAGUGAAUUAGAGAAGGGAUUUGAGAUGGCUUUUGACCUUCUACAGAGUACCCCAAGAACAGGCUGUCAGUCUAUCAUGGUCUUCGCUACUGAUGGCAAGGACACUGAUGGUGAACAGGUCCGCUGUGGACCAGGUUACUACACCAGGUCAGGUUAUGUACCAGGACCUAUUUGUAAAUACAAUUGGACCAAAGUUUGGGAUGUCUCAGACACCAUGAAUGAAAAAACUGAUCCAAAGGCCAGGAUAUUCAGCUACCUCACUGUAGAAGAUGGUGAACUAUUCCCAGGUAAACUAGCAUGUAAACACAGAGGGAGCAUGGUGAAGUUAACCUCUGGUGAAAACCUCAUAUCCAAGAUGGCCGACUACUUUCACUUCCUGGCUAAAAAUUCCAAGAACAGCCUUGCGUUGUGGACAUCCCCAUAUAUUGACGCAUUUGGAUUGGGCCUCAUGGUCACUCAUGCUGUACCUGCUAUAAGUAAAGAAACUGGCCAAACCAUUGGUGUGGCUGGUAUCGAUGCAACACUGGAUGAGAUGGAGUUGUUCCUGACACGUCACCAAUGGGGUUCUGUCUAUUCAUUCCUCAUUAACAAAGAGGGCGAAACCAUAUUUCACCCUUUCAUCAAGCCUAGUACAAAACUUCUAGAUGAUCCUAUAUUCAUCCCCAUACAACAGUUAGAGCAAGACAAGAAAGGUAGUCCACCAGAAUUCUCCACAGUGUUAAGAGAAAUGAAAGCUGGAAAAACUGGGUCACUUCGCAUAGAGAAAGCCAGGAGAGGCACUCCAAAGGGAGAUGCUAGGGCUGGGAUUAAGUAUGAUAUAAUGCCAGGAACAUACUACUAUGCUGCUAUGAAUGACUCUGAGUAUGCAUUUGCUUUCAACCUGGCUGACACUGAUAAGGUGUUCAGAAGGUCGCAAGAACCUAUAGAAAGACCGACUGUACCUGAGAAAAAAAGCUACUUCAAUCUACUCAUAGAAUACAAUAGUACGCUAGCCAGAAAGGAGCUCCCUGGAGUGUUUGAAUACCUCAAGGUGAAAUAUGAUGAGCCCAAGUAUCCCAAUCUCCGUGUGUCAUAUGGUCAUUCUAGUAUCUUUUUGGCCCCAAAAUGUCAUUGUGACCCCAAUAAGUACUUCUACAAUGAUGACCUGGCUCAGAAGACAGUGGAUGCACAUAAAUGGAUAAAUGGAAUAUUACCAGAUGUAGGAUGUGAUAACGGCAACAUGUACGAGAAAGGGGUGAGAGCUGACGUGUUAAUUACUCAACCAGUAGAAGAGGUAUGGAGGGACAGAGAAUUUGAGUACAUCCAUGAUGUUAAGUGGACAUAUGUGGGUCUAAGGACAGGUGUAUUUAGAACCUACCCAGCCCAUAGGUCAACAAGAGCUUAUGACCCAUCAAAGCGUCCCUGGUUCUACCGUGCUAAAUCUGACCCAAGUAAAACAUCCAUCUCUACAGUAUAUAUGGAUGCUGCGGGCGUAGGCAAGAUCCUUACCAUCUCCCAGGCUGUUUUUGAGGGUAUGACAGGGCGUACCAAUGAAGAGUGCCGCAACAUAUCAGCAACUGGGCCCUGGCCUGGGGGUUGCCCUUGCACCAAUGAUGACGAGUGCAUUAUAGGAGUAUGCUAUUUAUCAAAAGCUCCUGGAGAGAACAAAGACCAACCACGCUGUGCCACAGAGCGUGUUGAGGCAGUGACCAGUCUUGAUAUCCUCUAUAACAGUUUCCAUAAGACCACCAUGGACAUCAUGGAGUCCAGUGACCCAGGUCACCUCAGGUCAUGUGGGAAGAAGUAUGACUGUCCUGAUGGAGAACCACAGUGUGAGACCAGGUGUUAUUUAUUUGACAACCGAGCCAACUUGAUCACUGACCCUGACUUCCUUGAGGCUGAUAACCUGGACACCAGCAAAUACAAGGGCAUCACAAUGGGCAAGAAGGAGGGGGAAGUAAUGAAGGAUCUGAUCUACCAACACCACCUCUUUCAGAGAAUUGAAACUAUAGAUUUCCAGGGGUCAUGCAGUAUCUCUCCUGGUGCACCCAAGGUUACCUUAAAAGGAAUCCCCCAAACACCAGAAGAAACAGAUGAUUACUAUAAGAAUCGUGGCCCUAUUCCAAAGUUCUCAAACAGCUUUGGCUGCAUUCAGGAUGUUGUGGCUUAUGCGGCAAACUUAUCAGCUUUGGGUCCCAGCAACAUGAUAACUGGCAAUGUGUCAGGGCCGUGCAUGUCAGGGUUCUACUAUGUGACCCCCCUGCCCAAAACCAACCUUCUCUUACUGGUCAUAGAGAACUGGAAACAGUACAAAGACUCAUUUUUCUACAACUUUAAUUGUAAAAUAGCCAGAAGUAUUGUUAACUCAGGUGCUUACCGUAUUAUCAAUGGAACAUGCUCUCACGAAGACCCCUUCACAUCAACAUUGGCAGAAAAUGGCAUGUGUCCCAUCAUCAGAAACCUUGAUAUCCCAUGCACAUACCAAGGAGUGAGAGUUCAAGAGAUCAAAGUGAUGGCAAGGUUCGGUAGGGAUGUAACUGAAGAUUCUAUAAAUGAUGGACCAGUGACAUACUCAUCUGAAGGAGAAAAGGUUAUACAAUCUACAAAUUCAGGUGGUAUUGGUUUAGGGCUCCAUUUUCUUUCUGACUAUCACCCUCCAUUUGUCAAUUCAACCUCCAAAGAAGAGGCAAUUACACUAGAUGGUGAUGCGACAAUAACACUAGAUUAUGAAGUUCCUCAAAACGGAUCAUGUCUUGGUCAUGUAGCAGCAUGUGAUCACUGGAUACUUGGCUUUUGGUUUGCGCAUAAUGUUCCUCGCCAACAAGAAGGACCUAGCAGGUGGGGAAUUCUUGCUUUGGGGUCUGAGAGUGCAACCAAUGAUGGUCUCUAUAUGUACUUUGAACAGGAUAUAUCUACCUACGUCGUUGGCAUGAAACAUGAUGAUAAAGAGUACCAAGUUAUGUUUCAGACAGAGGAGUUAAACCUGGAACUGGAUAGUGAUACAACAACCACAUCAGAAAGUGAGAUGACCAAAUACCACUACAUAGUAAUUGGUUGGAAUGUUGAAUCUAUCGAUUCAUUACAUGAGUUACCUUAUACAUUUCCUCUUCAAGUCCUUUAUGAUGAUCAAUAUGUCCGUGGAGAUACCCAUGUGAAGAACAUUACUUUAUCAGCCAGAAGUGAAAGUACCAGUCCUCUGGUUAUUCUUGGCGCCAUUCCACACUGUGCCCCAGAAACCUCCAUGACCUUUCAUUCGUUCACUUUUGGAACAGGACGCCUUAUGCCUGUUGCAAUGGGCAUUCCCUGGAAACCCUAUGCAGGUUUUGAGAUACUUUCAAUUCCAUAUGAUCCAGCACUACAAUGUGAACCAGGGUGGAUUUAUUUUGAUGGUGCUUGUCAUACUCUGCUGAAGAAGUCAUCAGACUAUACAGGGGACUACAUAUGCAGCAGUAUUGGAGCCAGAAAAGGAAUCGUAAAUUCAAUAGAACGAUUUAGCUUCGACAACUCUUUGCUUUCCUCAAAUGAGUUUUUUGCAAAUGACAAAAUUGAGGUUACCGUAGAGGUUAGAACAUAA